AUGGCUUUCCAUCAACCUACCCGGCGGCCGUCCCAGCUACGUGCCGCUCGUCCUUUGCACGACGAGGAGCGAGACGUUCCCCAGCUCCAUGUUCAAGACCCAGUUGCCGCCGACACUUCCCACUCGUGGGUGCUAUUCGAGCCCGCCGAUGACGCGACAACAACCUCUUAUCUCAGCGAAGAGGCGGAGUCGCUCCCCACGCCGGGCCGGUCAAGGCUUAGUGAUAUAGGCAGCCUCAAUACUUUCUUACACUCGGCCCGCGACACCGAGUCGCGGCAGUCGGGCGCCCUUUCCAGUGCUAUUGACGAAGAGUCAGUCGAAGAUGACGCCGAACUCGACAGUCUUGACAGUCACCUGCCCGAGUUUCGGACAGUCCCAAGCCUCUAUACACAGUCUGCGGGUGCUGCCGCGGCCCAAAGCGUCCCUGUGCUUCCUGCCCAUGAUGGUUUGGGCUCUUUCAGGUUAGAUAGCCCCGAGGUGCAGGAGCAGAUCUACGCCUUUGAGAGAUUCAACCCUAAGCGCGUGCGAAGGCGUCGUGAGAGCCUCGAGCUGGCCCAUCUUGAGAUGGAAGUCGAGCAAGAGCAAGAGACACACAAGAUGCAGAGGAUUGAGGCCUGGCGUCUGGAGCAGAGUCGCAUCCUUCUGGAAGAGAUCAGCAGGGAGACUAGACGCCGCCGCCUGUCGAUGGCCUCUGUCAGGCCAACCGUGACGGCCGAGGAGAAGGUGGCCGAGGAUGUUGCAAGCCUAAGUGCGAUCGGGAACGAAGACGAUGCCGACAGCAUGGACUGGCACUAUGAGCCGACUGACACCAAGGACGACGAGCGAGGGCUACUCGUCAAAAUUACCCGUAAGGUCCUAAACGACCUGGGCAUUGACGAGAGGUUACUCUCGAUUCUGCUCGGAGAGCGACUUUUGUCAGAUGAUGACUUGUCAACGACACCCACGGCGGGCGCAGGAUUGCCUAGCACGCCCACUCAGGAGACCAAUGACUCAUCUUGGCAGCUGCGGGCGUUGGAUCGCAUCGCAAAAGAGCUCGGCCUGAUGGUCAACCAGCUGUCGCAUCACCAUCCUGGGGCCUUCUCGACAUACACUGGCAUGCAACAGAUGCCCAUUCCAUAUGCCGGCUUGCCGGUCAUUCCAGAAUCGGGCGCUAACACGCCAAUUGCUCCCCGGGCACAGGAAGUGUCCACAAAGAUGCCCGAGUUCCAACCAACAAUGGUUCAACACGCGCGCCCCAUCAACAUCCCCUCCCGGGCCCAGUCGGAUCCUCCCGUCCCGCUGACUAGGGAUGAGUCAACCCCAUUACCCGCGUCUUUCACACAAGAGGAGUGGGAGCAAGACCUGGACGUCAACCUCGUCUUCAGAUACCUGCGAUCCCGCUUCAGUUCGCGGUCGGCACCAUCCUCUGCCUUUACAACCGGUACUUCCCACCUUGCCACCUCAAGCACGCCAGACACAGCAGCUAAGGCCGCGCGGGUGCGCCAGCAUCACCCGCUCGUCUCCCGAGCCCGACCAGUGGAGCGCAGGACGUUCAAGGCGACAACACCGUCUAGCCCCGCUGCUAUGCGGCACGCGUCUAGCUGUGCCAGCCAGAGCACACGGAGGUCGGCGAGACGCAGCAGCGUUUCGUCUCGUCACUACUGGGAUAUUGGGGGUUCCCUUGGUACGGGGUCAGUUAUCGCUUCGGUUGGCCCCAUGGGAAGCUGGGGCGAGGUCUGA